CUAUGCGAUAUUAAUAAUUAAUAUUAUUUGAUUUAAUAUUAUUCUCUCUUUGCACGGCUCCCGCCCGCAGUGAACGCCACCAAUAUAAAAUAAUAAUUAUUAAUAACAAUUUAAUAUUUUGUCUAUUAUCGUCGUCAGUGCCCACGUCGACCAGCGUACGACCUGUGUCGCUCCCGUCGGACGUUAUUUCGAUAUUUCACCAUAAUAAUAUUGCCAUCGCUUCAAUCGGGUUCACGGACGAUCCGUUGCGUCAUUACCGUCGUCAAAUGAUGACGUAUUGAACCGGCGGAGGCGGCGGUGAUACCACAACCGUGUAUGCGUGUAUCUCAUUCGGUGAUGAACGAUUCUGCCGCACAUGCACAUCACCACCGUACAAUGUCCAAGUUUUUAAAACUAGCGCACAAGUUCAACAGCUUUUACUUGAACGGAUUACAGAAAAAAGAAUGCCGCGCAUUCAUCGUAGACGGCAUUCAAGUCGGGUUGGUCCAGGCUACCGUCACAAUAGAAUUAAGCCGCUAUCCGAAUGUGUUUAUCGUCAACCCCAAUAGUGUCACGCUGAACCCAGCUUUCAGGGAUUACGAUGAACGUUCUGCAAACAUCGAGUCUGUACUUAAAGAAAUGAAAGAAAAAAAGUUGUUUUUAACGCUGAAAGGGUGGAGGGAUGAGUGUUAUGAAGUUCGGACAAAGUUUGCUGAUCAACCGUUGCUAAAAAUGGAUCGGUCUGCUACUUGUCUAUUUGGGAUUUGUAAUUAUGGUGUCGACAUAAAUGGUUAUGUGAACCAUCCACAAAAAGGAUUAUGCAUUUGGCUACAACAGAGAUCAUUGACUAAACAGACAUGGCCUGGGAAAUGGGAUAACAUGGUUGCUGGAGGUUUAUCGGUUGGAAACAGUGUUAUACACACUGCUCAUAAAGAAGGAGAAGAAGAAGCAUCAUUGACUGCAGACCUUAUGAAAAAUUUGCAAUCAGCUGGGACUGUGUCUUUUUUUUAUGAAAGUGAACGAGGAUUGUUCCCUGACACAGAGUUUGUAUUUGACUUAGAAUUACCUCCAGAUUUUGUGCCUCGUAAUCAAGAUAAUGAAGUAGAAAAAUUUGAAUUGGUGACUGCUAGUGAAACUGUGAACAGAAUUUUAUCUCCAGACUUCAAGACUACUAGUUGCCCUGUAAUUAUUGAUUUUUUGAUCAGACAUGGAAUUAUUAAUCCAGAAAAUGAGCCACGUUUUCCAGAAUUGGUUGAAUUAUUACAUGUACCACUCCAGUCUCUUUAUAAAGAGUGUGACAACUUGUUGACUGAAAAUGGCCUUUCAAAAGCCGAAUAAAUUGUUCGUUGUAUUUAUUUAUGUAAUGUCUUCUUUCAACUUAUCUUUCCAUUUUUCAAUAUUACUUCUCAUUUUUUUUUUUGUUUUA